UAGUGCAGACAAGCCAAGACAUCAAGAUGUGGUUGUAUUUGUAUUUGGGAAUGGCAGUUUUUCUCAGUGUAGAGUGCAAACCAUUGAACAAGGGGACACACAACAAGUUGCUAGUGAUCUCCUUUGAUGGUUUCCGAUGGGAUUAUGAUCAAGACGUAGACACCCCUCACAUGGACAAGUUAGUGGAAGAUGGAGUGAAGGCAAAGUACAUCACCCCUCCGGCUAUCACCAUGACGUCCCCAUCUCAUUUUACCACCAUAACUGGGAGAUGGAUAGAGGAUCAUGGAGUUGUUCACAAUAUGAUGUUUAAUUCCACAACUCAUCAGAAAGUCGGCCAUAAAGCUACCUUGAAGAGGUCUGAGUGGUGGGACAAUGGAGCCUUACCGUUGUGGAUUACAGCACAGAACCAGGGCCUGAAGACAGGUUCCUUUUUCUUUCCAGGAGGAGGAGCCAACUACAGUGGUCAAAGUGUAAACCGGGUGGUGGUUGAGGAAACAGGUCAACAAGAUGAUAACGAAACAGAGUGGCAUCAGAAUAUUGACACUGUUUUGAGCUGGUUCACCAAAGAAGAUUUUGACUUUGUGACUCUGUACUAUGGAGAGCCUGACAACGUGGGCCAUGCCAAAGGACCAGACCAUCCUGACAGGAAAACCAUAAUAAAGCAGAUUGACCGCACCAUCGGAUACCUGAGGGAGGCCAUCCAGCGAGACGGUUUGACAGACAACUUGAACAUCAUCAUCACCUCUGACCAUGGCAUGACCACCGUUAAAAAAAGACCUCUUGUAGAUGAGAUAAUCCUCUCUAAAUACCUGAAUUUCUUCAACUUGGUUUAUUUUGAGCUCCUUGACUACGGUGGGUUUGGAAUGAUCACACCGAAGAAAGGAAAGGAACAGCAGGUUUAUGAUGCUCUCAUGAAGGCCCCAAACCUCACAGUCUACAAGAAGGAAGAUAUGCCAGAGAACUUUCAUUUGUCCAAGAAUGACAGAAUGCAGCCUAUUAUUGUCAUUGCUGAUCUAGGUUUCAACUUAAACUCGCGGUUGAUCGUCUACGUAAACAAAGGAGAUCAUGGAUUCCACAUGGACGAAAUGGACAUGAAGACCAUCUUCCGUGCUUUUGGACCAGAUUUCAAGAAGAGUUAUCUGUCCGAGCCCUUUGACAGUGUCCACAUCUACCCUCUAAUGUGCAAGCUGCUGCAGAUAGAUCCAGCCCCUAACAAUGGCUCCCUAUCUGUCACUGAGGGCAUGCUGGUUCAGAACGGUGGGAGAAGACAUCAUAUGUCCCUUGGUGUUUUGGCAUCGAUAUUUGUCUACAUUUUAUUUGUCAUGUAGUUAUUUAUGAUGUCGGUUAUUUUCCGUAAUGUUCGUUAAAUGAAAACAAUUGCAUAGUUGAAUCAAUCAUAACGAAAACUCCAACAGAUAUUUUUAAGGAGGAUCACAUUUACUAUGAUUUCACAACAAUAUCCAUCUGAUUGUAUUGUACACUCAGUUCCCAGUUUACUGCACCGUUAUUUGCAUGUUUGUAGCUUGCACAAUUCUUGCCAUUCUCCUUCGAACUCUCAACAACGAUCUGUUUUCGCCAAUAGGACUGCCGCUGAUCGGAUGUUUUUUGUUUGUAGCACCAUUCUUGGUAAAUCCUAGACACUGUCGUGCAUAAUAAGCCCAGGAGGCCGGACGUUUCUGAGACACUGGAAUCGGCGCGCCUGGAAUCGACGAUCAUACAUACCAUGCUCAAAGUCGCUUAAGUCACUCGUUUUGCCCAUUUUAAAGUUCAAGCCUGCUUCAUACACUGUGUACAAAACAUUAAGAACACCUUCCUAAUAUUGAGUUGCAUGUCUAUGUCAUGGAAAGAGCAGGUAUUCUUAAUGUUUUGGACACUCAGUGUAUAGCAAGCCACAGCCACGUGACACACUGUCUGUAGAAGCUAACCAUUUUUGGGAACGGGGUGGUGUAUCUAACAAACUGUCAACUGAGUGUAUGUUUAAUAAUCAAACCAGUCAGCAUUGGCUCAAAUAACUUUGUCUAGAACUUACAUUUAAUAAUGACACCUGCCCACUGAUGGUUCAGGAGUUUCAAGUAGCCUGAUACCGAUACUUUCAUUCUAAAUGUCAGAUUUUAUUUGGAGUCAUAUUUUAUUUAAAUAAUUGUUCCGACUGUAUAUUUAUUUGUUAUUAUGCUUUAAUAAACGUGCAUGAUGAAUGAG